AUGGCACAGUUUUUAUUCCGAGGACUCCGACUAUACAACACCACUAUUUUGAGCAAAACAGCAGCAUGUUGCAAAUGCGAGCGGAAUACAUUCAAACUGAUCUCGUACGUACAACCGUCAUUUGCGUCAUUGUUAAACAAGAAAUUGUACAGUUCACUAAGUGAAAAAAAACCUACUGAAACAUCAGUAACGACACGUGCGCUCGAUCCAUUAGAUAAUAUAUUUGGAGAGGAUAAAGAUGAAAGACGCAAGGAAAAAGAAAAAGCGAUCAAAAACUUAAAAAUAGGUUUCUUCUUCAUAGGUGCGUCAUUAAUGAUGGUUCUUGGCUCUGGUCUUUAUGUUCUGAUGGAUGAUAAUUACUACAAAAAAGAUGAAGAUGAAAAAGAUACAUAUCCAGUACGUCUGUUUAAUCGCGGAAGAUUGGCAGUCAGAGAGUUUUUUGAAUCGAUGCGAGCGCCUUCUUACGAAAAGCUAUUGCCUGAUCCGUUGCCAUAUCCAUAUAUCCAACCACCAUACACAUUGAUUAUAGAAAUGACAGACCUACUCGUUCACCCAGAGUGGACAUAUGCAACUGGAUGGAGAUUUAAAAAGAGGCCAAAUGUGGAUCAUUUCCUUGAGCAAGUAUCUCAAAAUUAUGAAGUAGUUGUAUUCACAGCUUCAAAUGGAUUUAACGUUUACCCAAUUUUAGACAGUUUGGAUAAAAAUAAUGUAAUAAUGUAUAGACUUGUUAAGAAUGCAACUGACUAUAUCGAUGGACAUCAUGUAAAGAAUAUUGACCGUAUUAACCGUGAUUUAUCUAGGGUGAUUAUGGUUGAUUGGAAUGCUGAUUCAGUUAAAUUACAAAGGGAAAAUGCUUUAGUAAUCCCUAGAUGGACAGGCGAAGAUGGUGAUCAACAGUUGAUUCAAUUGGCCGAGUUUUUAAAUGUAGUUUCAACAAGUGAAGUGAAUGAUGUAAGAGAAGUACUGUCAUAUUAUAAACAGUUCGACCACCCACUUGAAGUUUUUAAAGAAAACCAAAGAAAAUUAUUAGAAAUGCAAGAAGAACAAAAACAAAUAUCAGGCACGCUUCCAAUAAAUAAGGCGAGAGGCUCGUGGAAGGAUAAAUAUCUGUAUGGAAAAUAA